UUGAAUAUAGUUAUCCUGUUUUCUCUCAUAUUCUUGUCUUGUAGUGAUUGAAGCAGUGGAAAACAAUGGUGAUAGGAUUGCCAGGUGGUGGCAUGCAUUCUGGCAAAAAUAAAUAAUGCGGGGUUAAAUGUGUACUGUUUUAUCAGAUUUUCUUUUGUCCUGUUGUGUAGAAAACUGCUUUUAGUUUGAAAGGGUCAUAGCCAAAAUAUUCAUAAAUUCAAUCCCAGGAGGUUUGUUAGCAUAUUUGGCUCAUUGUAUACAGAUUGCUUAUAAGCAUCUUUCAAAGUUCCCAACUUGAAAGACUUUGUUCGCUUUGUUUUAUUGUACGCUGAAGCUACAGUAAUGGAGUCUUCCCAAGUUCUUGGAGACCCAGAGAAAUGGAGCACCAGCAGUGAAUCUGGUUGGACUAUGUAUAUUGGUUCCCAAAUUAGUUAUGAUGGGGAAGGUGACGAUGACAACAACGAUGGUGGUGGUGAUGAUGAUGAUGAUGUUUGUUUCAUUACUGAUAAAGAAAAACAUGACAAAAGAAACGACAACAAUAACGAUGAUGAUGAUGACAACAACAACAGCGAUAACGACAACAACAAUGACGAAGACCAUGAGAGUGAUGACUCCAUGGCUUCAGAUGCCUCUUCUGGUCCAACUCUUCAAGAAUUUCCAUGUGGAAACAAAGAGGAUCUUCUCAGGAGCCAUGCAUUUAUAGUGGAUCGAAAAAAGUAUUCCUCAGGGAAGAAAGCUUGCAAACAGCUGCAGAAGAAUAAAAGAGAUGAAAGAAAGAAUACCAAAGCACAGAAACAACACUCGGUUCGCAAGGCAGAUAGUGCUGCUAGUCAAGUUUAAAAGUUGAUUGGAAUGGAAAAAAAAAAAAAAAAAUUGAAGUGUUCAAGUUUUCUUUUCAGAUAGAUCUUGAUCUUCUUCAUCAAUGGUUGCAGAGUAUGUUUUUUGAAGUUUGUCAAAGUCUCUGUCAUGCCUGCAGUUCCAGGUUUUCCAAACAGCAUGAAUGUUGAAUCUUAACAUCUCCAAUCUCAUAUGGUUUUUUUAUUUUUUAUUUUUGGUCUUCCUGUUUAUUGCACAUGUUUAUGUGUUACGUGAAACAUAUAUGGAUCGAUCUUUUUUU